UGUGUCGGCGCGGCAGCUACACCGACCUUGAGCUAAUGAUGGAAUUUCUUGUCCAAAGAUGUCUCCUGCUUUGUCUCUACAUAACAUCAGCUCUAGGUGUUGCAAAGGCAUCUCUAAUGUCCAACACGAGUGUAGCAUGUCCUGGUGAGGCUGUUCUGUUCACAUGCUCUUCGCCUGGUACUGCAUUGAUAUGGCAAGUAGAUCUACUAUCACCAACAGGGACGUCACUGCAAAGUUUCUUCCUUCCCUCACAAGUUGGUAUUCCAAGGACACUUGAAUCUGGGGUGAUCAUAUUUGAGGCUGUUCUUGUAAGCAAUGAUGGUGGAAAUCUGACGUCCACUCUCAUCAACCUCAGUGAAGUGUCUGUACUGGAUGAUAGCAAUGUCACCUGUACUGUUACUAACAAUGGUCCUACGUCACAGCAGCAAACCAUCAUGGUUGCUGUUGUCCCAACACGUCCACUCAAUCCAAGCAUAUCCUACAUUCAAAACCAACUCAGUUCCUCGAUUAUCACUCUGGACUGGGACCCUCCCUCCUCUACUGGUGGUGUGUCUGUCAGCUAUGUCCUCAUCAUCUCCCCAACACCUCUCUCCGGGUCACCAGUCACCAUGGAUACCACCUCCACACAGAUCACUGUCUCCUAUAGCACUCCCUAUGAUGUGACUAUCAGAGCUGUCAACUGUGCUGGAAUGAGUCAAGAAAGUUCAAUUGUGGAUCUAAUUGUGUGCCCCACUCCAUCUACUGCUGCUGGUGUUACCAUCACCAACACACCUCCUGUCACUAUUGGUGGAUCCAUGCUCACCUUCACUUGCAGUGGAGACAAUGAAGUGAUAAUCUCAACCUGUGGCAGUAGUGGGUGGUCUCCUGACCCUAAGACAUUUGAAUGCAGAAUAGAUCCUCAAGUCACCUGCGGCUCUCCUGCCACACCAUCUAGAGGCAGUGUGGACGUCAGUGGUGAGACACCAUGCACCCUUUACACUAAGCUCACAAGUCAUAUAUCGCUGUGAUGAGGGACUGUUUCCCCUUGAUGUGAGGACCAGCACAUGCACUGAUGUGGGGGGUAGAGGAGAGUGGGGGGAGAAUCCUGGGAGCUUGGUGUGCAGGGAGAGGCGAGUUGAAAUGUAGCUGUUUAGAGGUAAUGUUUUUUAUUUCCUUCGAAAAAGCUCAUUUUGUAAUUUCUGGGACGUAUAAUUGUAGUAGCUUACAUAUACAUCGCCUUUGUUCCACAUUUCCCUAAGUACGUAUACAGUCAUUUUGUUACCUUCCAUAUAGUCAACUGCUCUCUUCCUCCUGAGCCCUGCAACGGUGCUAUAGUGCACUAUGAGAGGUUAAAUGAGACGAUGUUGGAGGGAACAGUGCUGACUUACCAGUGUGACAAUGGACUCUCACUGACUGGACCCAACACCAUCACUUGCACUAAUACUAGAGUCUGGAGCACUGAGCCUGAAACAAUCAAGUGUGUGCCUAGGACUGAAGUUUCUACUGUCGCUAUCAGUGUGGUCAUCACUUUCAUUAUCACUCUAGUCAUUGGAUUCCUCACUGGACUCCUAGUGAUGCAUGUUUUCUCUCGUAAGAAGGCAGUAUACUUCUCCGCAACUGAAGGACAAGCUAACGUAGGACCCACUGCACCAGCUGGUCCUGUUUAUGAGGAGGUACCAGUAUCACCCAAAGAGGAGAUUGAACUCAACACAAACCAGGCGUAUGGACCGUUAGGACUGUAAAACUCAUUCACUUCAAUAGCAAGUUAAUUGUGAUCAUUCUGCCAUUUCAUUUGUUUUAUAGGCCUAUAUAUAAUUGUAGACUCGCUAUAGUUCGUAUAUAUAACCUGGAGAUUGUCUCAAUUGCAUUCCCUAUAUAAUACAUCAGAGGAGGUUAUUUUUUGCUGUAAAACUUGCCAUUGUUAUAACGUGGUUUUUUUGACUUCCUCAAUCAGAAAGAAUAAAGUGGUGUGCUUCUUUUAAACCAAGUGAUCAAACUCGACAGUUAUUACUAUGCCUCGGUGUGUGGUAGUAAGUGCAUUACACCCUAGCUUUCAGCUAUUGUUUUCCUUGCAACUUUCAUUAUUCAACAUCGGAUAUAAAUGUAUAUGUAUACGUAAUAUUAUUCAUUGAGAACAAUAGCACUGCAUCUGUUCACAUACUUAAACUGAUCGAUAUACACAAUCAUGUAUGUAUUGCUUUGUAAGAAAAAACAAUAAUAAGAGUUACACAACUGUCCACAAAUGUACCUGGAACUGUCCUUGAGCUUGACACAGUGUGCACUGUUCUGUCCAACUUGCCCAGAUUCCUGCAGCAAAUAUAAAUCACAGUACAUAAAGAAAAACUCAGUGCUAAUGCCUCUCACCAUGUUUUGCUUCACUCAAGGUAUUAGAGGGUUAUAUAUUAUAAUUAUUAUUGUUGUUUGCAAUUGCUGUUGUUGGCUGUUGGAGGUGUUGUUGGCGGUCUGGUCUGUUUGCAUGGGGGUACUGAUUGUUGUAGUGCUCAUAGUUUUUGUUAUUAUCACCAAAAACUUGAAAAGUGGAGCUUAUAGAAGGAUGUUUACGAUUGUACAAAACCAAUUGUUGUUUAAGACAAGUGAGACAAUGGAGAUUUUGUAACUUGCUCUAGAGGCCACAUUGACUGGCAGUCAAUCAGGCUUAUAGAGAAAUCAAAUAUAUGCAGAGUAUAGCUUGCUACUUGAUCUUGAUUGUGAAUCGUUUGUUUACUUAUCAUAAUGGUCAUGAUUGCAUUCAUCUCUAUUGUCAACAGAACAGUAUCCUUUAUGAUCACAACAGCUGGCUAAACAAACACUAACAGGUUACUCAGCCCACAGCUAUUUACUGAAGUCAGCAAUUUAGCAAAUGUUUCAUUAACAAUCUUUACUUUUGGAAAACUUCUUCAGGACAACUCUACAGAUAUAGCAGAUAUAGGGCUCUGGGUAUAGGGUAUGGUAAACACAAGGUUAAUAUAUUAGAUCUCUUUUUUUGUACCCACACUGACACAGUAAAUCACCCACUGUCUCAUGGCUGGAGAUAAUCUAGGAUGUAAAGAUGGUUUUAUAUUUGCCCUGUGGUGAUUGAAGCUGUUCUACUACAGAGGCCUCAUUAGCGUCCAACACCAACACGAGUGUGGUGUGUCCUGCAUGGAGAGGCAGUUCUGCUCACAUGCUCUAAGCCUGCCCUGCAUUGAUAUGGCAAGUGGAUCCUCCAGCGAUGUCUGGGUUCAAAGU